AUGGACGACUUUGACGAGGAAGCUUUCAAGAAAUUCUUUCCCUCUGGCUUCGGCAAGCAAGAGAAGGAGAUCGAUGUUGAAUCGCAGAUCAAUCGGUCGAAGCGGACUGAGGUUGCGGCCAAACCACCCAGCAAUGAAACGCAAGAAAUAAAUGCGCCUAGCCAUACUGAGGAAGAGAGACGGCCCCAGGAACCAAAAGAGAGCGAUGAGGGCUCUGACUCUGACGACGAUUCUGAUGACUCCGACGACGAGGACGAGUUUCCCGUUUCCCAUGAAAUGGUUCUGAAAACACACGAGCGCGCAGUGACUACUAUGACGCUUGACCCCUCGGGAGCUCGACUAAUAACAGGUUCGACCGAUUGUACACUCAAGCUUCACGACUUCGCCUCUAUGACCCCCUCCACUAUUCGCGCAUUCAAAUCGGUCGACCCGUCAGCCAAAAAAACAUCCGCCUCGCAGGACACCCAUCCCGUCCACUACGCUGCUUUUAACCCACUCUCCCCAAGCCAUGUUCUAGUGGUCUCCGCAACCGCGCAACCCCGAAUCCUCAGCCGAGAUGGCGAAACAUUGACGGAGUUUGCCAAGGGUGAUAUGUACCUACGCGAUCUCAACAACACCAAGGGACAUAUUGCGGAGGCAACCACUGGAGUCUGGUGUCCCUUUGAUUAUAAUCUCUGUGCUACCGCUGGAUCGGAUAGCACGGUAAGAAUAUGGGAUGCCAAUGUGGGUAGAUCUCAAAAGGAGGUGAUUAUGCAUAAAUCAAAGGUCGCUGGAUCUGCUGGCCGGACUAAGAUGACCGCUCUCGCUUGGGGGUCCCCUAAACAAGGCGGGUCAAACGUUCUGGUUGCUGCCGCUCUUGAUGGAAGUCUGACCAUGUGGAGUGGGAAUGGGCCUUAUAGACGUCCUAGCGCCGAAGUGCGGGAUGCUCAUACCAAAGAUACAUGGACUAGCGGACUGGAUAUCAGCUCCGAUGGGCGGCUUGUCGUCAGUAGAGGCGGCGAUGAUACGAUUAAGCUCUGGGAUACCAGAAAGUUCAAGACCCCGGUCACAAUUGUCACUCAUACCUCGACAUCUUCUCGCUUUUCCACCUCAAACAUUCAAUUCUCUCCGACGUCUGCGAAUAUCAUCGUGGGCUCAGAGACUGGCCAUCUGCACAUCCUCAACCCAGCAACUUUGAGACCGGAGCUCGUUACUCCUGUCACCCCGGGAUCGCCACUGAUUACUGUCUUAUGGCAUGAGAAGCUUAACCAAAUCCUUACGGGCUCUGCCAAUGCCGAAACCCAUGUGCUAUACAAUCCGACAAUGUCGACGAAGGGUGCAGCCUUGGUCAUGUCCAAGGCACCCAAGCGUCGUCAUUUAGAUGACAACGCUGCCCUUACCACAGAUCUGACUAGCGGCCUUGCAGGCGACUCGGUGGUUGUUGGCUCCAACGGCGUUCCGCAAUACUCCUCGGCAACCUAUUCAGCUCGUCACCCCAAUGUUGGUCUGACAGCCUCAGGCCGUUCACGCGAUCCCCGCAGACCCCAUAUGCCAGCUAUCACACCCUUUGCAAAGUCUCAGCCCGAUGAGAAACAUAUUCGUGAAAGUAUCCCACUCAGUUCUAUGCGCGAUGAGGAUCCGCGGGAGGCUCUCUUAAAGUACGCGGAGAAGGCCGAGAAAGACCCGAUCUUCACCAGGGCCUACCGGGAAACGCAACCUAAUGCAAUUUACGCCGAGGUCAGUGAUGACGAAGAAGAAAACGGGCCGGAGAAGAAGAAAACCCGACGAUGA